CUGCAUUCAAACAAUGAAAGGUCCUGACUUAUCAUUUCAUUUAUGAUCAGAUAAUGCAGGAUGCUACAAAUCUUCCGAGAUGAUGGCCCUCCUUUAUGCAAAUGGAAGUAUUGCUUCGUAUGAUUUCUGCGAGUCGCAGAAUGGCAAAGGACCCUGCGACAGAACAGGAGCGACUCUGAAAUCAGCUAUAAGAAGAUUUAUAAACCAGGGAAAUGAUGUUUUGACAGCAUUUGCAAUGAAAAAGGGUAUUGAAACUGCAAUGACAAAAGUGAAAUACAGAGUGAGUGUAGUCGAGUACAACCCUUCAAAGAAGACUGCUUUCAAGGGCAUACCCGCCAUUGGGUCCUACUCAAAUUUUCAGUUUGAAGAGCAGGGUAUUCGUGUUUGGAAAGCACAUGGUGUCGGUCCAGGAUUAUUGAUUGCAAAGGAGAAAAUACCUACAAUUCCAAUCGAACCUUUGACUGUUUUGAAAGAACCAGACCAAAUAGGCUUCCAUCCAAUUAUAGGAAGCAAGAAUUCAACAGACUUGAGAGAAAAGUCAAAUCAGGAGGAUGAAACAGAAAACCAGGCAUUAUUCACUUGUACAAACGAUGGAUGUUUGGCAUCUUUUGACAAUGAUGAAGCCUUGACAAAUCAUAUAAUUGUAGGGAAAUGUUGUCUUGAGCUUGACCACAAAUCCAGUAUUAAUUCGGAUGUUACUGGGCAUAUUUAUUUGCAAAAAAUAGCUGAAUGCAGUAUUAUACAAACAGCUGUUUGCUUAUCAGCAGAAACCAAACAAAUAGAGCCAAGUAACAACCAAGAAAACCAACAUCCUUCUGGUUGGGCCCUCAAAGAUGAGAGAAAAUGUAAUAGGUUCAAUGAUAAUCAAAAAAAUUAUCUCACAGAAAAAUUCAAUGUAGGUCUUACUACUGGUAGGAAAGAAGAUCCCUUCCUAGUUUCAGAAUCCAUGCUAAAUGAGAAAAACACAGACGGCACCAGAAGAUUCACCUAUGAUGAAAUCCUAUCUGUUCAGCAGAUAACAAGUUUCUUUUCGCGAAUGAACAAAAAAGGAAAAUGUGUAGAAGAUUCUGAUGCUAUUAGGGAAUCAGAAAUUUGUAAACUUCGAAGUCAGAUUCUUGAAAACAACUAAAUGAU